AUGGCAGGAAUUUUUGAGGCUCCCCGGAAUGCGGGACAACUCUUUCUUGGAGGACAGAAAAUCAGUGGUUCUGAUAUCAGAGAUCAGAAUGUUCUUGCGACUCAAGCCAUUGCCAAUGUGGUGAAAAGUUCCUUCGGCCCCUCCGGGCUCGACAAAAUGAUGGUAGAUGAUAUUGGGGAUGUUACUGUUACCAAUGAUGGAGCAACUAUCCUAAGCUUGUUGGACAUCGAACAUCCCGCGGGAAAGAUCCUGGUGGACCUAGCAAAACAACAAGACAAGGAGGUCGGUGAUGGAACCACUUCCGUUGUUUUAAUAGCAGCCGAGCUUUUGCGACGAGCGAACGAGUUGAUGAAGAACCGGAUACACCCCACUACAAUAAUCACGGGAUACCGAUUGGCACUUCGGGAAGCCGUGAAGUACAUGAAUGAGAAUAUCAGCACCAAAGUUGAGCAUCUCGGAAGGGACAGUUUGAUAAAUAUUGCGAAGACAUCAAUGUCAAGCAAAAUUAUAGGAGCUGAUGCAGACUUCUUCGCCAACAUGGUUGUUGAUGCGAUGCAGCAAGUCAAAACUACGACGCAGCGAAAUGAGAUCAAAUACCCAGUUAAGGCUGUCAACUUGCUCAAGGCUCAUGGGAAGAGUGCUACUGAAUCUUUACUUGUCCAUGGAUAUGCUCUAAAUUGCACAGUUGCUUCACAAGCCAUGGUUACUCGGGUUACUGAUGCAAAGAUUGCUUGUCUUGAUAUGAACUUGCAGAAAGAGAGGAUGAAACUUGGUGUUCAUAUCACAGUCGAUGACCCACAAAAACUUGAGAAGAUCCGUGAAAGGGAGUCUGGAAUUGUCCUCGAGAGAGUGGAGAUGAUACUAAAGGCGGGCGCGAAUGUCAUCCUCACGACUAAGGGUAUUGAUGAUCUUUGUCUCAAGAUGUUCGUCGAGAAGGGCGCGAUGGCAGUUAGGAGAUGCAAAAAGGAGGACCUUAAACGAAUCGCCAAGGCUACGGGAGCGACGCUGGUUAGCACACUAUCCGAUCUUAAUGGUGAUGACAAGUUUGAACCAUCCAGCUUGGGCCACGCAGAAGAGGUGGUACAGGAGCGGAUAUCCGACGAUGAGUGUAUCCUUAUCAAAGGAACCAAGGCCCACACUGCCGCGUCGAUUAUUCUCCGUGGUUCAAAUGAUUUUCAACUUGAUGAGAUGGAACGUUCCGUGCACGAUUCUCUCUGCGCUGUCAAGAGGACACUCGAGAGUGGAACCAUCGUUCCGGGAGGUGGUGCCGUUGAGACCGCCCUGCAUAUCUAUCUCGAGGAAUUUGCUGUUACAGUCGGCUCCCGCGAACAACUCGCCAUCGGCGAAUUCGCCCAAUCCCUCCUCGUCAUUCCCAAAACCCUGGCUGUAAAUGCAGCUAAGGACUCAUCCGAGCUCGUCGCCCAACUCCGUGUCCGCCAUGCCCUCUCUCAGCGUGUUCAGGAGGGAGAGGCUAACGCGGAAGAGAAAGCCAUCGCCAAGAAGAAGAUGUAUAAGAACUACGGCCUUGAUCUAACAAGAGGCAAAGUUGUGGAUUGCGUCAAGGCGGGUGUCUUGGAGCCCAGCAUGAGUAAAGUGAAGCAGUUAAAGAGUGCGGUGGAGGCUUGCAUUUCGAUUAUGAGGAUUGAUACGCUGAUUAAACUUGAUCCUGAGAGGAAGGCUGAGGGUGAUGGGCAUGGGCACCACUAG